AGAUAUGAGCAUUCACUCGGAAAAAGUUUACUGCAAUACCUGCAGACGAAGGAGGAAGACAUUAAGACAUGCUCUGACACGUCUGGAUUUAUCCAGAGAUUUAGACUGUUUUCCCUUGUUUGUCUGAUUUCCGCAAUGCUUUGCAUUCUUCUAAAGUUAAUUUAAAUGGGAGCUAGCGUGCUCGUAGAACCUCAUUGAUUUAAGCCAUUGAUAAAUAGGACGGUGGACAUGAUAUACCUUCAAAAGAAAUGUGUGUGUGUGGUGACACGGGCCUUUGUAUUUAAAUACUAACAUCUGCAUUUUAGCAAGAAGCCUACUCCUGUCGCCUGUACCACACUACCCAGGGCGACAUCCAGGUGUAGGUCUACCGAUCCUUCCUGAAAACUAUGUUAAUUAUUUGGACCACCGGAUUGCUGUUAAGUAUGCUGUCACUUGGAGACGCGUGUGUUCUUGGGAUGGUCGGAAAGUCUGCCGUUCUGCCCUGCGUCUAUAACGGAACGCUCGACCUGGACGGUGGGAACGUGUCCGUGGAGUGGAGGACAGGAACUGAACUGGUGCACAGAUCAGUGCUGGGAGAGGAGGGGGAAGUGACGCAGUCCGCAUCGAGCAGGAGCAGGACGCGGCUCGUAGCAGACGCGACGCGGAACGGCGACGUCUCCCUGCUCGUCUCUGAUGUCACCGUGCGAGAUGCACGGAGCUACGACUGCUACCUCACCCGCCCAGGAGAGCAGUCCAGCGCUCCCCUGUGUACCGUGUGUCUCAGUGCUGCCGCUCACUUCACCCACCCUGUGGUAGAGAGAGAGGAUGGGGCGGUGGGCGACGAGGCUAACUUUACCUGUCACUCCAGAGGAGGGUUCCCUGAACCCAUGGUCCACUGGUUCAUCGAUGGAAAAGAGCACCCCCUUGUGGGCACAGUGCGCACGUACAACACAACGCUUCCUGAGACUGAACUUUACAACAUCACCAGCACCCUGUUAGUCAAUCUCACGCAUGACAUAACUGUGUCAUGUGCGGUAGAGAACCGCCUGCUCAAUGAGACGCUGACAUCAACCAACUUUCGAGUCUCGGCGAGUCCGGUUGUGGGCCGGGCCUCCGAGGCCAUGUGGAUGUUCAGCACCGCCCUGUGUGUGCUCGUGGGAAUUCUGGUGGUGACUGCGGUGGCGCGCCAGAUCAAGCACGACUACGAUCGCAAGAAGAAACGCCGGCAGCACCAGGAGACCGGAGACAAGGACAGCAGCACUGAUGACGAGAGCGAGCAGAUAGUGUUGGAGAAUCUGGACUGCCUGACCGAGACGACCAUUUAGCAGCGUCCAGCUGCCAGCCAGCAGACAGGGGAGUAUGAAACAGGACCUCGAGUCUAAAAUGUACAAGUUAGAAACAAACGCAUGUUCCAUGUAAGCCUGUUGCGUGUUAAUGAAUUGGUUCAUGUAUUUUUGUACACGGUUUGUUGAAACCUUUUGAAGGCCGCUUGUCUAAGUUGAGAAGUGUAUUUUGCGGAGGAUUUCAGGUGUGUUUGACGUGUAAUUUUUAUGAAAUGCUUCAAAUGCAGAAACCUUUAACCAUCAAAUUUGGAAGCACUAAUGAGAUAAUUUCCCAGAUAUUUUCAGGAACCUUUUGCACUUACUUUUCUAUUAAAAACUACGCCAAGAUGCACACCGUGGAUGAGAAAUAAGGACGGAUUUGAUUCAAUAUUGAACACAUCCUCCAGUAUUACACAUAUGCAGGGGAGUUCUGCUAAUAUCCUUGGUGUAGGCUGCUUUUGCCUAGCGUUGUUUUGUUAGCACGCACAGUAAGGGCCUGCUCCUGACUUAAGGAUCUUAAGUUCUUUAUACACACUCUCAGCUUCAUUGGGCUCAAGUGUAUCAGACUGGUGUAUUUUCUAAGUUGACAUAUGCACCUGCGUAAAUGGGUGGUCCACACUGAAUAUUGCACUGAAUAUAAUUACGUUUGCUCCGCUACAUGCACACAGGUCAUUAUUUUCAGCUACAAGGCAUAACUGAAUUUAAUUAUAAAGAAAUUGGCAGUAUAUCUACAUUUAGGGGGAUUUCAUCAUUGCUGUAUUUCAGACGCUCAUAUGCCUAAAUCAAAAUGCUGUCAGGAAAACGUGAUGUAUUUAUGUGUCUGUGUGUGUGUGUGUACAUGUGUAUGGGUCAUUGAUGUGACGUUUAAAUUUUAUGUCCAAAUGCCAUAUUUUCCAAAAAGAGCAUUAAUUACCUAUGCCUAUUAUUUUAUAUAUUUUGAUCGCAAGUCAGGGUCUGUCCCUCAGUGUUCAAUAAAACAGAACUAAAGUAAAUAUGAAGGUUGCCCUUAAUUCCUCUUGAUACUUAGCAUUUGUGAAUUGUUGAAUGUGGUUGAAUUCAAAAUUGUAUUUUAUUUUUAAAACCUUUGAACUGUUUAGAAAACAUUUUACUGUAUUGAAUAAACUAUAAAUUCAAUAUAUCAAA